AUGAAAGAGCUUGGUAAACAGAUGAUUGACAGUAAUUUUAACUUUCUCUCUCGAUUACAGAAAGUCUAUUUAAUAUUGGGUCUGCUGGUAGCAGCGACGUGUGCCGAGAAGAAAAUUAAUUUAGAAGAUAUAGAGAGAGAUAAUCUGAGGGCGGAGGGUAAGACCAAGCCCGAAAGCAUCCAGACUGAUGAGACGAAAUAUAUCGCCAAGCCCAAUCAGCAGCAGUAUCAAAUACCAAGCCAAUAUAAUACUUUGAGUCAUCCCGAACUGUACGCCCCACCUCAGCAACUUCAGGAUAUAAAAUAUAGCCAGGUGCCACCUGAAGAAUACGUUCAACCCAAUCAAUAUGCUGUACACGAAGCACAAUACAAGCAACCAAGCCAAAUUUUGCCACAGCAAAAUAUUCCGCCGGUACAAUAUUACAGCGGAUAUCAACAGCAAGUGGAAAUACCAGCUAAAGGCAUUGCUCCUAUCGCCUUCGAACACCAGAAAUUAAAUUACCAACCGGAAAUAGCAGUGGGCAAUCACAUUCAAAGUGUUCAACAGAAAGCAGUCACGGAAAAGUACACGAAAACUGUCAAUAAAGAACCUCUUUACAUCGAUGUUCCAGUGACACAAUUGCUUCCCUAUUAUCCCUAUUUAGAUAAUAAUCCUUUGGUGGGUCUGAAAGGAGUUGGACUGGCCCAACCUCCGCUACAACUGGCUGCCAAUGCGGCUCAACAAAUUCCCUUGCCCCUGUACGCCCCCAUAUAUAAUCAAAAUCAAUUAAUCCCUCCUGUAAAAUCACCUUACGUCGGGCCAGUAGCGUUUACGACCAAGACGCCGAAGGGAUCGACUUAUGCAAUCCCAGGUAUACCGAAAAAGAAGAUCAGCCCUUUGUACGUGCAACCCCAGCAGCCGCUAGCUCAAGGAAAGACCCUGUUGCACACGCAAGCUUACAUCGCGCCUUCGCAUCCGCAGUAUGUGCAGCAAUUAGUUUACACGCAGCCUGGCUUAGUUUACAGCGAUCCCGCUGCUGCUUACAGUGAUUUUUACGCUCGUCUACCAGCCUACAUUCAGGAUAACUACCUUCGCGGACAAGUGAAUCAAUAUCAGACGCAGCAACAGUUGUACGUCGCGCCGCCAACUGGCCACGAAGCGCCGAAGGAAGUCUUGCAGGAGCAGAUCAGCCAGGACCAGCCACAGAAUUAUAUCAAGGUGCCUGAUGAGCCCAAAACUCAUUUCGUACCGCCGCAAUUCCCUCCGUAUGACUUCAAAGCCGGUAGUACGCAACUGGAAGCUGUUCGGAGCUCCUUUGAAGACGAGCAGGCUCCGCCGGUGCAAGAUCAUUCCUUGCCCUCGGAGCCAAGGUCGUUACUUGACACGUACAUUCCAAGCCAAGUCAUUGCUGCGCAGGACAGUGCCAGGUACAAAGAACGACCGAUACAGCUGGAAGGGGGCUUCCUCCCGUCGAAAGCGAACUUCGCGCUUAAGAAGCGCAAGUCCGAGUGA